AUGAAAGGCUCUCAGAAGCUUUCAUUAUCGAAGACUCUGGCCCAAGAAGGGCUGGUGCAAGAGGAUCAAGAGGAACCAACUUCUUUGUCCUACGCCUAUGAGGUGGCUAACCUGCAGGAGGCUUUGAGAUGCAUCCGAAAGUGCCCUGUCGACGCUGAUGAGUCGAUGGCUCUCGAGGGGAUACUGCAGCUACGAGGGCUGCAAGAGACAACUGCUCUCAGGCACCUUGUCACCCUCAAGCACCUUGCCUUUGGCGAUGGGUUCAACGAUCGUUUGGAGGGAGUGGCUUGGCCCAGAGGCCUUCAAAGUCUUUCCUUUGGCUUUGCGUUUGAUCAGAGUCUGGAAGGAGUGGCUUGGCCCUGUAGCCUUCAAAGUCUUUCCUUUGGCGAACAGUUCAACCAGAGUCUGAGAGGAGUGGCUUGGCCCAGCGGCCUUCAAAGUCUUUCCUUUGGCUUCCAGUUCAACCAGAGUCUGGAAGGAGUGGCUUGGCCGAGCGGCCUUCAAAGUCUUUCCUUUGGCUUUGCGUUCAACCAAAGUCUGGAAGGAGUGGCUUGGCCCAGCGGCCUUCAAAGUCUUUCCUUUGGCGAACAGUUCAACCAGAGUCUGGAAGGAGUGGCUUUUCCCAACACCCUUAAAAGUCUUUCCUUUGGCAGGAUGUUCGACCAGAGUCUGGAAAGAACGGCUUGGCCCAGCGGCCUUCAGAGCAUUGAGUUUGUCAGAUGGUUUGAUGCCCUGAAGAGAGUGAAUUGGCCAAGCAGCCUUCAGUGUUUGGUGGUUUUGGACUCGAGAUCGGAAGUGGUGGAAAUGGAUCUUCCUCGGGCUUUGCAAAGGUUUGAGUGCUUGCACGAGGAUGUGACGGGCGCGCCAGGACAAUGGAUGAUCUCCACAUCGGAGAGUGACGAGUGA